UUAUAUGAUAUACCGUCAACCAACCCUUUACCGUUAUAAGUCUUACCAAAGUUUCUACCUUUACACAUAAUCACAAUCUCAGAUUAGGAUCUCUCUUAUUUCGUACCAGCUUUACCGAAGAGAUAACAAACUCCGAACACAAAUAUACGAAGGACCCUAGGAACAUGAAAGAGAUACCGCUGUUGGCUGCACUCCUUGCUCUCUCUAACACCUGUACAGUCAAUGGUCUGUAUUGUCUGGAGUGCAGAGAUGCCAUAUCCCCUCGCCAUUGCCACACCGUUAAACGUUGUUAUCCUGGAGAGGUGUGUUAUGUAGAAAAAGAGCAGACCAUUAAUGGAUUGGACACGUAUAACAUGGGAUGUUACAGUCCACAAAUUUGUAACUCAACGCGAUCAGGCACAAACUGCAUAGAAUGUUGCACCACUGACGCAUGUAAUAUGCUGGGAUGCAACCAUCAAGGUCAUCCUCAAAACCUGGGACUUUUGUGCUUUGGCUGCCAGCAAACCUUAAACCCCUCCCUUUGCGACCGCAUAACAGAAUGUACCCUGGACCAAAUUUGUCAUUUGAAAGAAAUUCAUGAGUAUGGCGAUGUAUAUUAUUCAUCCGGCUGUGCCAACAAACAUGUGUGUUCAGACAAACUGCCCGAUAUCUUUGGUCGUAGAUCGUCAGAGCUCUGCCAGCAAUGUUGUUCCUCAGAUCUCUGCAACAAUGGAUGUUAUUCAACCACAAGCGUACCAUCAACAACAGCAACAACGACAGAAGCAACAUCAAUGACAACACAUAUUAAAACACAAACAACACGAAUCACUACACCAUCAAAUCCAACGACACCAACUCCAACGACACCAACUCCAACGAUACCAACUCCAACGAUACCAACUCCAACGACACCAGCCCCAACGAUACCAACUCCAACGAUACCAACUCCAACGACACCAAAUCCAACGACACCAGCCCCAACUACAAUACAAAUGACAACACAUGCGCAGUUGUAUAUCGACUGUUUAGAAAUAUACCAGCAUCAUCAGACAUCAUCCGGUGUCUAUACAAUACAUCCUUGGGGUUUACUGGAUCGAUCUGCAGAUGUGUAUUGUGACAUGGACACGCAAGGAGGUGGAUGGACGGUGAUACAGAAGAGGCUUGACGGUUCUCUGAACUUCGACCGAGUAUGGAAUGAUUAUAAACAUGGAUUUGGACAAGCUGAUUCGGAGUAUUGGCUAGGAAAUGACGCUAUUUCCAAGCUCACGACAGCGAAUAACAGCUCCUUGUUAGUUUUGAUUACCUUGAACAAUGGGAGAACGUUAUAUGAAACAUAUUACAAUUUUGCUGUAUCCGGGGAGAAUGACAGAUAUCGACUUCAUCUGGGAGGAACAGCUACCGGAACAUUGGGUGAUGGUUUGUUGAAUGUCACUGAUUCUUCUCAGCUGAAUGGAAUGGCCUUCAGUACCCUCGAUAGAGAUAACAGUAAUCAUUGUGCACGUUCAUGGAGAGGUGGCUGGUGGUUCAAUCGUUGCUACAGUGCAUUCCUAAAUGGUCCAUAUCAUACAACUAGAUGGCCAUGGCAUCCAGCAAUUGAUUCUAGUUCUGUCAUAUCCAGAACAUCUAUGAUGAUCAGACGAAAUUAAAAAGAAAAAAAAAAAAAAACAAACAAACAAACAGCGCCCAAAUGUAUCUUUUAUACGCGGAAAAUAUUUUGGACAAAGUGACGCUUUGAAUUUUAUGACCUUACACGUUUAGAUCUGUUGGACCACUGCAUACAAGAAAACAUAUGAGUUGUU